GCAAAACUGACAUACACCAGUCGUUAUUAAGAAGUGCUAGUGGGCUAACACGCUUUCAACUUAGACCUUAAGUUAAGCGCAUUAAAACGUUAAAAAGGAAAAGAAAUUACACAAAGAAAAAAAACGCACACAAAGAAAAUAUUGUACCUUAUUUAACAAAGGUUGUGACUAAAACCCAAGGCUGAUUAAAAAAUAAAAUCCAAAAAACAACAAAAUUCUUGAAUUAAUAUCAAAAAUUCACGAAAACAUAUCAACAUAAUGAAAUUCUAUAACAUUGUUUUGAUAUUUGUUUUAUACUUUUUGGCCUGCCAGUUUAGCCUUACAUUGGCUGAUGAUGGUGGCGCAGCUAAGCGUUUAGCUCUUCGGCGUCCCACCGGUAAAGUUAUCGGUAAAGCUUCAACAACGACCACAGUUGAACCAUUACCAUCUGAAGAUGACGAAGGUGAUUAUGCUGAAGGCGAGCAAGACAAUCAAUACGCUGACGAAGGUGAGGAUGGUGGCCCCUCCACCACCACGACCACUACUACAACUGAAACGCCUAAACGUAUAGGUCCAGUGAUACGCCCAUUCCGUUCAAAUGACGAGUUCUUAAAUGCGUUAAAACGUCGGCAAAUGAAUGCUAAAAGAAAUAAAUUGGAAAAGCCGAUCCCUAGCAAAUCGGUACAAGACUCUCAGGAAGCUGAGGAAACAGCGCCCGCUUCAACGAAAAGUUUCAACAAGCCUAGCGCAGGCGGUAAUCGUCGCAAAUUUAAUAAAACUUCAAAAUCUGAGCCGGAAGAUAAUGCUGCCGAAGAAACAGAAACUGAGCAAAGAGAAGAUGUCAAACCAAAGCGUCCCAUCCCUGGACGUUUGGCUUUAAGAAAACGCUCUUAAGCUUUUAAGUGAUGUUUUAGUCUUCUCCUGUGUCACUUUCUCUUUCUCGCUCUUGUUUUGCGUCUUCGGUUUCCUAAUUAUGCUCACUUAUGUGUAACAUAUAUAUUCUUCGUGUUUUGCCGUAUUUCAAAAACAAUUCGAAAUUUUUUAAAAUUAUCGUAAUUCGUU